GACCGCUUAGAGGCGCUAUUUUGUGUCUGCAGAAAAUGGCGACCGUCAUGCAAAGAAUCGUAAAACCGAAAACCCAGGCAGCUAAGCGAGGGCUGGAGGUGAGAGCGCCAAAGUUGGAGGAGAAUGACAAGGUGGCGAUGUUCAUUAAGGGGGGACACACCAGUGAGACUAUCACUCAGGUGCUCAAGGAACUGUAUUUACUGAAGAAACCAAAUGCCAUCACAUUCAAAAGAAAAAACAUCAUGAGACCAUUUGAUGACCAGUCCUCAAUAGAGUUUUUCUCCCAGAAAAACGACUCUUCCCUGUUCCUGUUUGGCUCCCACAGCAAGAAAAGACCAAACAACCUUGUACUUGGGCGCCUGUAUGACCACCAUGUGUUAGACAUGGUAGAGCUGGGCGUGACCCACUUCAGGUCCAUGCAGGACUUCCCUACAGAGAAGAUUGCCAUGGGAACCAAGCCCUGCCUGGUGUUUGAAGGGGAGGCCUUCGAGCAGGACCACAAGCACAGGAGGCUCAAGAACAUGCUGAUUGACUUUUUCCGAGGUGUGAAGGCCAACAACGUGCGGCUGCAGGGUUUGGAACAUGUGCUGCAGUUCACAGCACUGGACGGCAAGGUCAUGGUCAGGAGUUACAAAGUCCUCCUGAAGAAGUCCGGAAGCCGUACCCCCCGUGUCGAGCUGUCCGAGAUCGGCCCUGCGCUGGACCUGGAGGUUCGGAGAACACGACUGGCCUCAGAUGACCUCUACAAAAAGGCCUGCAAGAAGCCAAAGAAGGGCAAGCCUAAGAAGGUGAAGAAUGUGAAGACAGACGUGUUUGGUGCUAAGAUGGGGCGUGUCCACAUGGAGAGACAGGACUUCAGUAAGCUGCAGACCCGUAAGAUGAAGGGGCUGAAGAGACAAGCUCCGAGCGACAAGGAGAAUGCCAAGAAGGCAAAAACUGAGUCUUCAGAACCUUCUGCUCAAGAGACCUAAUAUUUUACUUUAAAAACAUUUUGCAUAAUACUAAGUGGUGCCACAUGCACUUGACUUUCCCAAAGGCUCUUCAGGAGUGAAAUACUCACAGACCUCAAAAUUGUAUAUUACGAUGUUUGUAAACCUGAAGAGUUGUACAUCUACCACGUGUCACACAAGGAUUUGGAGUUUGGAAACUAAUUUGGAAACUACAUGUAUGUGCGGGGGUACAUGUGCUGUUGUAUGUUGAACAUAACACAGUCUAUGUUUCACUCUAAUGUAACUACUACUAGUAUAUCAGAUAAGAACAAACACAAAUACAAAAUGUACAUGAAACAAUAUUCCAUAAAAUAUGUUUAUUAAUUUUUAUUGGAGUAACUGUAUCCAUCAAAAUGUGUGAGUUCAUGACUGAAAAGUACUUUUUAUAUGACUAUGGCAGCAGAAAUUUCACAAGAGUCAACACUGUAUGGGUCUUAACAUCCUAUACGAAACAGUAAUGAUAUUUGUUAAGUGUUGACUAGACAAAGGUCACCCUCUUCUUUGUAUGUAACUUAAGAAAAGAUCAAAAUACUUUCUCCGUUGCUCCACAUAAUCAACAUUGGUAUGAAAAUGACCUGUCUUUUUUUUGGGUCACAAUUGUUGCUAGUGUUUAACGAUCUCCCUGUAAAGUUAUUUCUUACCAAAAUAAACUGGACAACUAU